AUGGCAGUGAUGGUGAUGGUGAUGGUGGUGGUGGUGGUGAUGGUGAUGGUGGUGGUGGUGGUGGUGGUGGUGGUGGUGGUGGUGGUGGGUAUGGGUAUGGGUAUGGGUAUGGGUAUGGGUAUGGGUAUGGGUAUGGGUAUGGGUAUGGGUAUGGGUAUGGGUAUGGGUAUGGGUAUGGGUAUGGGUAUGGGUAUGGGUAUGGGUAUGGGUAUGGGUAUGGGUAUGGGUAUGGGUAUGGGUAUGGGUAUGGGUAUGGGUAUGGGUAUGGGUAUGGGUAUGGGUAUGGGUAUGGGUAUGGGUAUGGGUAUGGGUAUGGGUAUGGGUAUGGGUAUGGGUAUGGGUAUGGGUAUGGGUAUGGGUAUGGGUAUGGGUAUGGGUAUGGGUAUGGGUAUGGGUAUGGGUAUGGGUAUGGGUAUGGGGAUGGGGAUGGCGAUGGCGAUGGCGAUGGCGAUGGUGCUUGGCGUUGCAUUGCCGCGCUUGUUAGUGUACGCAAGUUAG